CGGCGGAGUCCCGCCAAACGGUCGCGAGGGGCGAUAACGUCGCCUAACACGAAUUAAAAAAUAAACCACAAUAGUUUCCGUGACAAAAUAUUAUGUAGUUAAGUGUUAACUGUCAAUUCAGAAUGCCUUGAGAUGACUGGUUUAGUUCAUGUAAGUUUGUCCCCUAUGUUUACUGAUUGUGUAACGGAGUGUAAAGAUAACCAAUGAUGUGAACGCUGAUUUAUUAAUAAAAUUCACUCUUUACACGUGAUUACAGCAAGAGCUAUUGAAAAUUAACGGCGAGAAAAAUCUAAUAACGCAAGAAUGGCCGGCUCCCGUGAGAGAUUACUCUAUGAUAGGCGGCCAGAAUACGACCAAUACGAUUCUAGACGUAGACAAGAUUACAAUUGGAGUGACAGAGAACACAGAAGGUACAACCACAGAGUAGAACGUUAUGAGCUACCUAAAAGAAAAAAUGGCUAUGUAUACGAAGACAUUUAUUCCGAUUUCGAUGAGGCACAAGGCCGCCUAUCUUUAUUUAGACCGAUCAGGCCGGAGUACCUCAAUUUGCCCACAUCCUAUGACGUCAAAUAUAACUCGUUGCCUAGAAAUUAUUAUAAUUAUGACGACCGAAACGGGCGAAGAUAUAAAAAGGACUACUACGAUUUUCGAAUCGACGAUAGAAGGAGAACUAGGGAAUCUUACGAACCGUACAGAAGAAGAACGGAAUCGAGACAGAAAGAAGUAACGAUAUAUGAACGAAGACCAAAACCAUGUAACGAGGUAACCCAAAAUUCUACACCGAAAAACGUUGCAGUCUGCAAGCCGUUACGAUUGAGUGACAAAAACGCACGGUACUGGACCACAGAAGCGCCAGAGAGGAGGUCACGACCUAAAAAACCUGAAGAAACCAAGAAGAACGUAAAAUUCUCUGAAGUGUCCGGUUGCAAUCGGAAAAUGAUCGUCGACGACCCAAUUUGCGGGAAGCGAGUGGUCCCAGUCAGAGAAUUAGAAGUUUCCUUAGAUCAAAUGAUACAGAAUGGUUAUUUUGAAAAGCACAACAUUCCGAUAUCGAGACCUAUGGAGCGAAACUCGAAUACUGGCAAGGAAGAGAUAGCCGCCGGUGGCGUGCCAAACGGGAAGUGUUUAUCGGGAACGGGCGAGGUGAAGGAAAAGUUGCCGCCGCGUAAAACUAGACAUCUACCGCAGGUACUGGCCGCGCUGGCAGUGUCGUUGGCACCAUUCUCUGCUGGACUUGGCAAGGGUUACAGCUCCCCGGCCAUAGCAUCAUUGCAGGGUCCUGGAGCCAACGCCACCAGGAGGGACUUCCAAUUGACUGACCAGCAGGCGUCGUGGUUGGCUUCUUUGUCAUUCUUGGGAGCUCUCUUCGGCGGAAUGGCUGGUGGAGCAGCAAUGCGUCACGGUCGUCGCCGCGUGCUUUCCCUGGCCGCAGCACCGUGCAGCCUCUCUUGGCUGCUCACAGUCCUGGCCACGUCAGUCAGGAUGAUGUGCAUCACCGCCUUCUUGGGGGGGUUCUGCUGUUCUAUAUUAACGAUGUUGUCGCAGGUCUACAUCAGUGAGAUAUCAGUCCCUGAUAUUCGCGGUUGCCUGAGCGCCGUCCUUAAAAUCGUCGGGCAUCUAGGCGUCCUAUUUAGCUUCACCAUUGGUGCCUACCUGGACUGGCAACAACUAGCACUAUGCAUAUCUGCCGCUCCUCUAUUACUCUUCUGUACAGUUCUCUACAUACCAGAAACGCCAAGCUAUCUCAUGCUGAUCGGAAAAGACGAGGAAGCGUAUAAAAGCUUACUUUGGUUACGGGGACCUAAUUCUGACGUUGCUCAAGAACUAGCCACGAUAAGGACCAACGUACUCGCUAGUAAGAACUUUAGCCAAAGACAAAGUCAAAUGUCUGGCACGCAGUUUAUAAAUUCGCUUGAUGUAAGAACUAUGAAUAGACUACUUGGACCUAUCCUAGUCACGUGCGGUUUGAUGAUGUUCCAAAGGUUUUCUGGAGCACAUGCCUUCUCCUUCUAUGCUGUUCCCAUUUUUAGGAAGACAUUUGGUGGCAUGAACCCUCACGGAGCAGCUAUUGCUGUCUCCUUUGUUCAACUGCUGGCAUCUUGUCUGUCAGGAUUGCUCAUCGACACAGUCGGUCGACUUCCUUUACUCAUAGUCAGUUCAGUGCUAAUGUCAAUGGCUUUAGCCGGUUUCGGAAGUUACGCGUACUACGAAGAAGUGCACAGAAACCAGAGAAUUCAAAACGUGAUGUUCCACCAAACAAUAGGACAGAAUGACUGGAUUCCUCUCCUGUGUGUACUGGUCUUCACGAUAGCGUUUUCCCUCGGCAUGAGUCCGAUAUCUUGGUUGCUUAUUGGAGAAUUAUUUCCUCUCGAGUACAGGGCAUUUGGUAGUGCAAUGGCAACAGCAUUCAGCUAUCUCUGUGCAUUUGUUGGUGUUAAAACAUUUGUAGACUUUCAGCAGACUCUUGGUCUCCAUGGGGCAUUUUGGUUGUAUGCUUCAAUAAGUGUUGGGGGUCUUUGUUUUGUCGUAUGUUGCGUUCCGGAGACUAAAGGUAGGGAUUUGGAUGAAAUGGAUCCAAAUUAUGUGCAAAGUCUCUCACCUAAAAGGUAAAAUGGAUAUUGACAUAGUUAACUUGGAAAACGGUCUUUAUAAGUGGAAGAUCCUGUAAAUUUGCUCAUUCAUUAUUUAUUUACAAAUUUAAAUGUGUUGUUUAGAAUACCUGAGACAUUGAUUUGAAUUUGUAAUUUAUUUGGGGUUUCUGUUUUUUUUUCUGUUUUGCUAAAAACAAAAACAAAAAUCAAACAAAAAUUCAGAUAUGUGAGUGUCUUUGUAAAGUGUAAGACUUUAAUAAGAAUAAUAUUUGUGUAACAUUUAUUUUUUUUUAUUUAUUUUUUUUUUAUAUCCAAUGACGUAUUAAUUUUAACUUAUUAUUGUAUUUAAAUUAUACCUUAUAUGAUAUUAAAAAUAAAUAAAUCAAAAAGGGUAAGACACAUGUGGUUGAGACAUUUAACAAUGCGGGUAUAUCCAAGUUAAUUAGAUGACUGUAUGUAGGAACAACAAUGAAUCGAAUCCACCGCAAAAUUUUGGCUGUGCUUAUUAAAAUUUUUAAAUGAAAAAGAAAAAAAAAAACUAUAACGCCACACAAUUUUAUGGUGGUACUCUUACAGUUUAGUGGUUUAGUAUAAAUUGAUGUUAUACUUGCAUAUCUUUCAAUCCAUAUCUUGAAUUAUCAUUUGUAAAUUUACAUAUAUAAUUGGAAAGAAUAACACUGCAUUUUAAAGUGUCGUGGAAACAAAAUAUAUCACUUAUUCUGAUGGAAUAAAAAUAAUAAUAAUUUAAUUAUAAACUCUAUUAAUUACUUAAAAUUAAGAAAAACAACAUAUAUAGUGAUAAUAACGCGCACGCGCACAUAGAACGCAUGGAAGUCGUACGAGGGUUCUUCUAACACCCGCCAGAUGGCGAGGGCGGGCGAUGUAGGGGCCUCGGAUCGAACCCUAUUGCUCCGGGAUCUUCUCUGGAGGCUACUGCCUCUGGGUCGAUGGGUUUAAAGCCGACAUAUACAGAUGGUAUGCAUGCAAGUCAAAGGGAAAUUGACAGUAAGAAACACUAGAUGGCGCUGCAUGGUUCACUUUCAACAUAUGCGAAUUGAAAUGUCAUGUAAUUAGACAAAACGCUUGAUAGAAAGUUGUUGCUGUAAUUUAUAAACAAGUACGGUGAUCUGGAUUUUAUUUAAGUACAUCAUGAAAUACAUGGUACCCCUCAUGAGUGGUCAUUUUUGAGGUUUUACCUCGUGGUAUAAAAUUUAGUUUUGAAGGAAGGAAUUCUGUAGUAAGCUUACUAAAGUUUAUUUUCAAAUUAAAACACAAUCAAGAAGGCACAGUUGAGAUGACAGAGAUGUUUACAUAGAUGACUUUACAAAAAACCCUCUAGUAAAGUAACUAACCCCUCUACUAAAAAACUACCUAUAUCAUUAUAAGUAAUAUUAUUCUUAGGUUUCUUUAAAGAGAAUAGAGUUCACAUGUAUAUACUUUCAAAAGAGGGAGUUAGAGAAAAUAAAGUAGAUUUUUUUUUUAUCAUUUAUUUGGGUAAACUAACAAUGGCAAAUUAAAGAAUAAAACAUAAUAAAAGAAAAAUAAAUAAAUAAUAAAAGAAAACAUUGAGUAAAUUUGCUGCCAACUCCGUUUCCCACAGUUUCGAAAUGUGAGUGUUAUGAAGAAUCAGAGCAGAAGGAAAGACUAAAUGAAUUUAUUUGUAUUACAGAAAUUUUUGUUACUAUAAAAAAUAUUUUAAUAAGAUUUUGGCACAAAAUAUUUUUUCAUUCCAUUAGUUACGACCACGUUUUUUGAG